UUAGUGCCAUGAUGACUCUAAAAGUUAAAAGGGUUGAUGAAGUGAGUCCAUCUAUCAUCAAUUGAUAGUUUGAUACCCAUUCCAAUAUUUCCAUUGAUCCCAUCUUCCAGAGAGACAGAAAGUGCAAAAUGAUGAUGCAAAGCAGAAGAGCAUUGCGGUUAGCAAAAACCGCAAAGCAGCUGAGUCUUCUUGACAGAACACUCUCUCUUUCUUCUGUCCCCCCACAACAUCAUCAAGAUGAUCAUAACAACAACGUUUUGGUUGAAGGCAAUGGCUGCUCCAGAAUCGCCAUUCUCAAUAGACCCUCUGCUCUCAACGCUAUCAACACCUCCAUGGGGGCAAGACUGCAUAAACUUUAUAGAAGUUGGGAAGAUAACCCUGAUAUUGGUUUUGUGAUGGCGAAGGGCAGUGGCCGGGCAUUUGCAGCUGGUGGAGAUAUUGUUGCCCUUUACCAUUUGAUAAACAAAGGGAAAAUGGAAGCCUGUAAAGAAUUUUUCAGAACAGUAUAUAGUUUUGUAUACCUGAUAGGUACAUAUAUGAAGCCACAUGUGGCUCUUCUGAAUGGCAUUACCAUGGGUGGUGGAGCAGGAAUUUCAAUCCCUGGGACAUUCCGGGUUGCAACAGAUAAAACUAGGUUUGCUACCCCUGAAGUUCAUAUUGGAUUCCAUCCUGAUGCUGGAGCAUCUUUUUACCUUUCACAUCUACCUGGUCACCUAGGAGAGUACUUGGCUCUGACAGGGGAAAAACUGAACGGAGUAGAGAUGGUUACCUGUGGACUUGCUACACACUAUUCGCUAAUUGAAAGGCUUCCAUUAAUUGAAGAACAGCUGGGGAAAUUGAUUACUGAUGACCCUUCUGUCAUCGAAACCACUUUAGAACAGUAUGGUGACCUUGUACACAAAGAUAGAAGUAGCAUACUACAAAGGCUUGAAAUUCUGGACAAAUGCUUUUGCCAUGACACAGUUGAAGAGAUUGUUGAUGCUUUGGAAGUUGCGGCAAGUGAAACAAAGGACGCAUGGUGCAUUUCUACCCUAAACAGACUUAAAGAAGCUUCUCCAUUAAGCUUGAAGGUUUCCUUGAGAUCUAUACGAGAAGGUAGAUUUCAGACCCUUGAUCAGUGCUUAUCGCGCGAGUACCGUAUGACUUUACAAGGAAUAUCUAAGCAGAUAUCUGGUGACUUCUGUGAGGGAGUGAGGGCACGUGUGGUGGACAAGGACUUGGCACCAAAGUGGGAUCCUCCAACCUUGGAAAAGGUGUCUGAAGAUAUGGUAGAUCAAUAUUUCUUACCUCUUAGUGAAUUUGAACCUGAUCUAGAGCUGCCCACAAAAGUUCGUGAAGCAUUUUUGUAGCUUCCCUUUCUCACAAGGUGUUUCCUGAAUUGGACAAAUAGAUAUACACACAAAGACACCAUUGAAUAUUUUUCAGAGCAUUGGUCAUGCUUGUACGUAUUGACAAUCUGAUGUUAGCUAGAGGAUUAUCACAAUAAUAUGUGCAUUGUGAAAGCUGAGUUGUGAAACAGAUAUUGUUUGGCGAAAGGAAUAACAUCUUGUGCAAUUUGCCCUGA